GUUCCCUUUCCAGGUCAGUUGGUGUCCCUCCUCACCCUGGCGAAGGGAAGGAGUUGCCUCCUGACAGCGGGGAAGGUCUGGAGGGAUCGUGAAGACCGGUGGUCUAUAGGGUAGCACAGAGCUCUGGGGUUUAAGGAACCACUCCUCAGCUCCCAGCCCUACGGUCCUGCCAUCGCUAACCCAGGGCAGUAGCGCUGGUAUCCCUCCUGCACGAUGUUAGAGGCAUUUAUUUUUGCUGUUUCCUCUUUGAAGAGCCCAGAUGCGAUUGCAAUGGGCGUCACGCACGCAGAACAAAGAAGGACCCGAGGAAAAAAGGAGAAGCCAGGACGUGGCUCUCGCAGCAGGGCCCAAACCCCUUGCCAUCCCGGAGCGGGGUGGUCAGCCAUCCUCCAAGAGCCGGCCAAAUGUCUGCCCAGUGUUUGAGUUGGCACUAGUAGGACACCAGCAGCCAUGUGUUCAAGCCUUCAGUCGGAUGGUCAAGAUGUGGAAACAAGGCUGCACAGGGAGGAGGUGGUGUAUGGGCUAUGAGAGAAGGUCUGGUUACUACACAGUUUACAAGCAGGUGUACAGAAUGGAGCAUCAGACUGUCUAUAAGUGCUGUCCUGGAUGGGUCCAACACAACAACGAACCAGGCUGUUUGCACUUGCUGUGCACUGCUGGCACUUGCUUCAAUGGAGGGAAGUGUUCUGAAGCAGGAUCUCAGAUGUGCCAGUGUCCUGCAGGAUUUCAGGGUCCUCGCUGCCAGUAUGAUAUAAACGAGUGCACCACAGAGAACGGUGGCUGCCAGGACCAGUGCUGUAAUACCAUUGGCAGCUACCACUGCAAAUGUCCAGCUGGCCAGAAACUGCAGGAAGAUGGAAAAUCGUGUGGAGAUAUGGACGAGUGUGCAGUGGUGAACGGAGGCUGCCAGCAGGGCUGCAUUAACACCCACGGCUCCUUCUACUGCCAGUGCCAGGUGGGAUACAGACUGCACACCGACGGGCGCACGUGCUUACUGAUAGACCCCUGCACAAGUGGGAAUGGAGGAUGCUCACAAAUCUGUCAAAAUGAGAGAGGAAUUGCCAAAUGCGAGUGUCAUCCAGGGCAUUAUCUUUCUGCAGACAAGAAGUCCUGCUUAGACAUUGACGAGUGUGCAGAAGGGAGAGCCAGGUGUGCUCAUCGUUGUGUGAACACUCUGGGAUCCUUCACCUGUGCCUGUAAUCCCGGUUUCGAGCUGGGGGCUGAUGGAAAGCAGUGCUACCGCAUCGAAAUGGAAAUCGUGGAUAGCUGCCAGAACGACAACGGCGGCUGCUCUCACCACUGCGAGCACACGACGGCGGGGCCGCGCUGCUCCUGCAACGACGGCUACAUCCUUGCCUUGGACGGCAAAACGUGCACAGAGGUGGACGAGUGCGAGACCGGCGCGUCCUGCUGCUCCCAGUUCUGCAUCAACUACGCGGGCGGCUACGAGUGCUCCUGCAAGGCCGGCUUCCAGCCCAGCGCCGACGGCUGCGGCUGCGACGAUGUGGAUGAAUGUCAUCUGGAGAACGGCAACUGCGACCAUUUCUGUGUUAAUUCUCUGGGGUCAUACGAAUGUGUGUGCAAGGAGGGAUACAGGCUGGGCCUUGACAGGCGGUCCUGCAUCGCGCUAGGUGGGGACGAGGCCGUGGCGGGGUUCGCCGGGGCUCCGGGGCUGCAGUUCAGAGGUGCCCCCCAGCUCCUUCGCUACGAGCUCGGGGUCCCGCAGGAGGAUGAGGAGCGUCGAGGAGAGCUGACGCUGGUGCACAGAGUCGUUUGCCUUGAUAACACUUUUGGCAACGACUGUAGCUUGAGCUGUGAGGACUGUAUGAAUGGAGGCAGAUGUAACAGCGAGAGCAGUGCCUGUGUUUGCUCACCUGGGUGGACCGGCAUCAUCUGCAACGAAACUUGCUCCCGUGGGACGUAUGGUGACGGCUGUGCCAGUGUUUGUAAGUGCCAGAACGGAGGCUCCUGCGACCCCGUCACGGGGCAGUGUCACUGCCCGCCGGGAAUCCAGGGGACAUUUUGUGAAGACGGAUGUCCCAAAGGACUCUUCGGGAAGAACUGCAACAAGCAGUGCAACUGUGCCAACAGUGGCUAUUGCCACAGGCUGUACGGAGCCUGCCUGUGCGACCCCGGGCUGUACGGGCGCUUCUGCCACCUCACCUGUCCCAGGUGGGCCUUCGGAGCUGGCUGCUCGGAGGAGUGUCAGUGCGUGAAGGAGCACACGCUGGAAUGCAGCGCCAGGAACGGGACUUGCGCCUGCAAGCCUGGCUACCACGGCAAAAAGUGUCAGAAAGAGUGCUCGCCUGGCUUUUAUGGAGCUGGUUGCAAACUGAGGUGCAACUGUUCUACCGACGCUUUGUGCAAUCGUGAGACGGGAGCCUGCAAGCAUCCCUGCCCACCUGGUUUUCAUGGAGAAAAAUGCCAUUUAUCUUGUCCGCCCGGGAGCUUCGGAGUGAACUGUGGGCAGAGCUGCAGCUGCGGAGGAGCGCCAUGCGACCCGCAGACCGGGCAGUGUAUUUGUCCAGCUGGGAAAACUGGUGCUACCUGUGAGGAAGACUGCCCUGAUGGCCGGUGGGGCUCAGGCUGCCAGUCCUCGUGCGAGCCCUGUGCCCAGGGGGGCCAGUGCAACGGGGAGACCGGAGCCUGCGAGUGUCCCCCGGGGUACAGUGGGGCGGGCUGCUCUGAACCCUGCCCCGAUGGCUUCUAUGGACAAAAUUGCCUGCUGUCCUGCAGCUGUAGCAGCAAUGCUCUGUGUCACCAUGUCACCGGGGAGUGCACGUGUCCCCCUGGCUGGACUGGCCACGACUGCAAACACCCCUGCAAUAGUGGCCGUUGGGGACCGCGCUGUGAAAACACCUGUGUCUGCAAUAACAGUGAUGGUAGCUGCGAUCCCGUCACUGGAUCUUGUUUCUGUGAACCAGGAUUCACUGGGAAGCACUGCGAACAGAUAAGAUGCCCUGAGGGAAGCUUUGGCCCGAACUGCGAGCACAGCUGCCAGUGCCAGAACGGAGCCGUCUGCGACCACGUGAGCGGAGCCUGCACUUGUGGUGCUGGCUGGAUGGGGACCUUCUGCGGAAAAGCUUGUCCAGAAGGAUUUUUUGGGCUUGACUGCCACCACGUGUGCAACUGCAAGAACGCUGCAGGCUGUGACCACGUCCUGGGAACGUGUCGCUGCCUCCCCGGCUGGCUGGGAGAGACCUGCGAGCAGCCCUGCCAGCGGGACAGGUACGGGCAAGGCUGCACUCACACCUGCGACUGUCACAACGGAGCGCUCUGUGAUCACGUCACCGGGACGUGUGCUUGUACCCCCGGCUGGAAAGGAGCCACCUGCCAAGAAGCCUGUCCUCCUGGGCGGUACGGUGCCAACUGCCUGCAGCACUGCCUCUGCCGCAGCCAGGCUACGUGCGACCGCAUGACGGGCGAGUGCCGGUGUCCCGAGGGCCGGACGGGAGCAGCUUGUGAGCUCGAGUGCGAGGACGGGAGAUACGGAGAGGGCUGUGGGCAGAACUGCAGCUGCCACCACGGGGCUUGUGAGCGGCUCUCGAGGAAAUGCAUCUGCCACGCUGGCUGGAGAGGGGAGCGCUGCGAUGCUGUCUGUCCCCCUGGAUAUUUUGGCGAGCGGUGCGAGGAGCAAUGUGACUGCGUACACAGCAUGUCCUGCCACCACCAGACGGGAGCGUGUCGCUGCAAAAAGGGGUGGCGAGGGAGGCACUGUGACAAACCUUGCUUGCCCGGCCACUACGGCACGGGCUGUGCCCAGCGGUGCCGGUGCCCUGCCGGCACCCCCUGCCACCACCUGACGGGCAAGUGCGGUUGUCCUCCGGGGUUCACCGGCUUCAGCUGCGAGAGAACCUGUCCACCGAGCACGUAUGGCAAGAACUGUAACCAAAGCUGUCAGUGCUCCGCCGAGGAGGACUGUCACCCGGUCACCGGCGACUGUGCGUGCCGCCCCGGGUACCACGGGGCCCGCUGCGACCGCCGGUGUCCAAAAGGUUCUUAUGGUUCAUACUGCCAAAAAGCCUGUAAAUGCAUGAAUGGAGGCCACUGCGACCCUGUGUCGGGAACUUGUGAUUGCGCGCCUGGUUUCAUUGGAGCCGACUGUAGUAAAACUUGCCCUGAAAAUCGAUUCGGGAAGGACUGCACCCAGUUCUGUGCGUGUGGUAAAGGUCAGUGUGACCCACGGACUGGCAAGUGUACCUGUCCUCCUGGCCAAACGGGACCCAGCUGUCAGCAAGUGUGUCCCCAGGGACAAUAUGGCCCCAACUGCCGCCUGACAUGUGCCUGUCAGAACGGCGGUAUCUGUGACCACGUGGAUGGUAGCUGCACUUGUGGACUCGGAUGGACAGGAAGAGCGUGUGAGAAAGAAUGUCUCCCUGGGAAGUACGGCUCUGGCUGCGGCUUGGACUGCAUGUGUCAGCACAACGGCACUUGUGACAGGUUCACGGGGUGCUGCCGGUGCCCCGAAGGGUAUUACGGACGCUCCUGCGAGCACAGGUGCCCCCUUGGAUUUUACGGGCUAAGCUGUCUUCAUGCAUGCGCCUGUAAAAAUGGAGCGAGCUGCGAUGUCGUGACGGGGCAGUGCAUUUGUCCUUCAGGUUAUCAGGGUGUCCACUGUGACAAAGGCUGUGACAGCGGGUGGUUUGGAGAGAGCUGCCAGCGUCAGUGUGACUGCGGAGGAGCUCCCUGUGACCCAGCCACUGGGAAGUGCCUCUGCCCACCUGGGAAGACUGGAGACAAGUGUGACAUCGGAUGCAGGUCGGACCAGUACGGCCCCAAUUGCUCUCUGCGAUGCCAGUGUGCCAGCAAAUCCCAGUGCAAUCCCUACAACGGGAAGUGCGUGUGCCCAGCCACAUGGAUGGGGCCAACCUGCAAAGAAGGUGGCCCUCCAAAGCCUCCUUUUUAUGAAGAACAAACUCAAGAAAGAGGGAGUAUUUUUCCAAGAGCUCUACAACAGUAACAUUUGGACUAAUAAAUGAACUGUUUUAUAUGCACAGACGGUAUUUGAAUUUGGAUAUGAAAACAGCUAUUCAAUUCAGCUUGAAUUGUGCUGAAGUAUUCACACUUCUUAUGGAAGACUACAGAGGCCAUUUAGUAGCUGGAUCCUUUUAAAAAGUUGAAUCUGUUUCAUGUAUUUAUUCCUAGCCUCUUACCCCUCCAUUAAUCUGCCUGGGACACUGGUUCUGAUAUAUACGAUAAUUCAUCGUUUGAAAGCUUGGACAUGUUUUUAGUAAAACCAGCUCCAAAGAGUAUCAGGAUAAGCAGCAUGUAACACAUCAACUGACGGUGAGCCAUACAAUGUAUAAGUGACUUUCUAAACCCACUUGACAACCGGCAUGAAGUUAAAUGAGUGUUUAACAUAUUAAGAAGCCAAUAUGGAUUCACUGCAAAAUCACGUUGCACAGAAACUAGUGAAAUUCACCACAUUCCUCUUUGAAAAAUAUCUUAUGCUCUAGAAAAACAUCCGGUCUAAUUUUAAAAUUGCAACUGAUGAAGAAUCCACCACAGUCCUUGAUAAGAUGUUAAUUAAUUUAAGAAUAUGUACCAUUUCAAGUGUGGAUUGGUUGGAAGUGUCCGUCUGUAUCUUGCUUGCAUCUGAGUCUCUUUUCUAAAGAGCAGGAUGACAUCUGUCAGGCUCUUCUGGCUUUCUGCAUUCUCCCAUCUUGCCAGCUGAGUUUCUCAGUGGUUUGCCGAGUCAAACUGUCCAGCAGUUCUUGUAAAACUCUAACGUCUAAUGCAGAAAGUUUUAUCCUGGAUGAAGAAAAUGGAUAGUUAGCAAGGAUAUAUAUGUGUAAUGAUAAUCUGUGUGCUCUGUGUGUAAAGGAUUAUAAUGUGCUCUUACUGCACAAUAACUUCAUUGCCAGUUUUAAAAAGUCCUUCGUGAUGCCAUUCAACAGCUGCUGUUGGUCACUUAGAACAAGGACAUUUUGGUGCUAUUUUGUAUGUUUACACAGGUUGUUCUUUAAUAUAGGACUAAGUCAUUAUAAAGAAAUAAUGUUCUUUGUUAUAAUAUUCUGAAUUAACCAGGCUACAAGAUUUCAGAGUACCUCUUUUCACCUCUCUUCAGGUUCGGAGUUACAAAACCUGUGUAGUAACCUCUUGAGUCUGACCAGAUCAAAAGUGCACUUAGUAAAAGACACCAGCACCAUAGGCUCUGGGGACAAGGUAGUACGAGCUGUUCCAGGACUUGUGUUCACACACCACAACAAAUUGCAAUGCUGCAAGAAAAUAUUUUUGUCUUAAAAGAGAGAAAGUGACAAUAAUUGACGCUAACUUGUGAUUUUUAAAAAUGUUUGUUGUUGCAGUUGGUUAAUGAGUAUGUGAAGUAACAGUUACCCCGUGGUUCACCCCAGGUCUUAACCCAAUCUGCAGCCAUUAGCUGUCUGCUACGGAGCAAGUACCACUUGCUCACCUGGGACUGCACUUCAAACUGUGAUCUACUGAAAGCAAUACAGGUUUGGGAAGUGUUUUUCAAGCUUCAUGGAAGUCUUAUUGUUGCUAUUCAUCACUUCACAGGUAUUGGAAGCCAUUGUAAACUCAGUAAAGAUAUUUGUGACUGUGACCAAAUUAAUUAACCAACUGCUUUCAGCCAGAAAAUCUCAGGGGUUGAUUCUGAUCCCUUGUCAUUUCUUUGUUAUAGCUGAAUAAAUCACUAGAACCUUUGCUUGACUUGAUGUAAACAUGACAAAAUUGUUGUCCCCAAACUAGUCAGAAGCGAGUGGUUCUCAGCAGGCCUCUUCUGUCAGCUGUGACAUUUUAAAUGUUCUUUUGGAGAUGUGCUGGCCUAGAUCUGAUCUCAAAAUGGUGUGAAGUUGGGGCAGUUUAACUGAAUUAGAACUGUUAAGGUAAAUCUUGUGCAAGAUGACUAGUUAUCAUCAUAGUAACUGCUGGAGAAAAAGAACCAUCCAAGUCAAGCAACUGAUGUCUUUUGAUCCUAUGUAUUUACUACAAACUACAACAGUAAUGCAAGCAUUGCAUUCAAAAUUUUUCAUAUUAUCAUAGAAUAGAUAGCUUGGAAGAGACCUCUGGAGGUACAGGCUUCUCCUUAAAGCAUGGUCAACUUCAAAGUUGACAAAGUUGCUGAGAGAGCAUCCAGUUAUGUUAAAUAUCUCCGAAGAUGGACAGCCCACAACCUCUUUGGGGCCCUGCCCAGUGCAUGCUCACAGUUUUUUUUUCCUAGUUUCUGACCAGAAUUUCCCAUGUUUCAACUUCUGUCCACUGCCUCUCGUCCUUUCAAUGUGCAUGUCUGAGAAGAGUUUGGCUUCACCUUGUCUGCAGCCCCCAUGGGGCAGCUGAAGACAGCAAUGGCACCUCCCACGGUCUUCUCUGCUGACGACUGAGGACGCCCUGCUCCCUCAGAGCCUCCUGCGUGCUGUGCCCCAGCCCCAGCGGUUACCUCCGCGACCCUUCGCCAGCCCCAGUCCAGUCUGCUGGACAUUUUGGUUCCCAGAAAGAUGCCCGAUGUCUGGUAUGGUUACUCAGCAGCUAAUGCACAAAACCCAAGAACUUACAUAUUGCUGUUUGACAGCAGUUUAUAAAAUGUACUGUUUUCUUCUUAUCUUUGUAUACUUGUGUGUGAUUAGAGCAGCUAAUCAAAGGGGGAACUUUUCCCAAGCCAUAUUCUUUACACCUGUGUAUUCUUGUUUACAUUUUCCACAGUAUCUUGAUACUAGAAUUGUAAAUAUGUACUAUAAGGGAAGUAAAAGAUUUUGUAUUAAGUAUUUUUAAAGAAUGUCACAAUGUUAGGUACAUGAUGAAACACGUAUUUUAAGUGACUGAUACUGAGCCUGUGCCAAUGAAUUGGGGGCCCAAGUAGAUCUGCCUGGGAAAUAGUUUCAGCAAACUUAUUUUUUUUAGAUUGGAAAAUGCCAAUUCAUACAAAACUAUUCAUAUGCAAUAGUCUUUUUUAUUAAUUCCUCCUUCAAAAUACUUCUUAGCUUCCUUAUGUUAUUGCCCUGGGGACAGAAGUUCACUUCAGUGCCAUUAAACAGAUCAUUCUGAUCUGGGGCUCAAUAUGACUUUUUGUUCCAAAACAUAGAAUAAAGCACAAUCAUAUAAAGAUGAAGAUAAAAAUUAAGUAUUUAAAAAAUAUUAAAAGAAGACUUUUCAAUGUCUUUUCUUGGUUUGUUAUUUUUGUAGGUUUUCACUUUUUUCACAAAGCGGGGAAAACGUUUAUAGGAUGUCAUUUUCUAAAAGAGCUAAAACUUUUCAUCAUUAGCUAUUGUCAAUUUACUUGCUUGUGAUAUCACUAAUGUGUUUUGAUGCUACUCCUUAUUUCACAUUAACAAAUUUACCUAAUUCUGUGCCUGAAAAAUAGUCUUUAUUAGACUGCAUGGACUUUUUGUAAUGGAAAAGCUACUAAAUUAGAAUAGAUUGGCGUUGUGGCAAGUGAGUGGAAAGUGAGCUUAAUUACUACUAAAAUAAUAUAACUGCUUAUUUGGUUCAUCAGUGAAAGACUGUCAGGAUGAACAUCCUGAACAUAGCACUGCUGUUUGUUGAAAAUGAAAGUGAAAACUCCAGUGAAAAUGGUUUGUGAUUUAAAUUUAUGUCCAUUUUCCACUUGGUAAUGACUUUCUUGGCUAUCUGAUUCCCAGAGGACUGAAGUUAAUUAUGCUUUCUUGAAACGAGUGCUCUGUGUAUUCCACUGUAACACGCUUGCAUACACAGAUAACUCUUUUUAGAAAGACAUUUAAAUUAUUUUGAACAUGCAAUUUCUGUGCGAAAUGCCACUCUCUUUCCUUGUUGUGUAUUCCAGAUAACUUCACUUUGAGAAGAGUGGAAACGAGCUGAGUGUAACUCAGUGGAUCCAGCAGAAUUUUAUUCAAUGUGAAUUCAUGAAACCAGAACAACAUGUUUUAAGUUAGACUUCAGUAUUUAUAACACUAUUCUCAUAGGAAAACAAUCAGAAUUUUAAAAAUUCCCCGCUUCUCCUGCCAAAAAUUAUUAUUCUACUUUUAUCCUUUUUAUGUUGAAGAACCAUAACUAUUAAAGUUUGCCCAGAUUUCUUGCCAACCAUAUUAUUUUGAUUGGCUGCAGAUUUCUGUUUGUGUAAGUAAUAACCAUCACAGUGUCAGAAGUUGCCAACGGGACAAACAUGGAAAUUAUACCUUUCUAUCCUUUCCAGAGUAGCCAAAGACAGAGUUUGGAGCCAUCGUGGCUUCACACUGCUGAUCUAACAAUGACAAAUAACAACCUUUCUGUAAGAGUUUAGUGUUUUAUCAGAGCAAAGAAAAGUUUGUGAAGAGCUCCUAAAAAGAGCUGGUAUACCCAGAUACCUCCAUCUUCCCAUCCAUCUGUUAAUUUUUAUUUUUAUUUUUUGUAGUUAGGCCAGAAACUUCCUCAGACCCCAGUUCCUGAAGGACUUUUCCUGCACAUGGACCUGCGGCUGACUGCACCAGCUCCAUGCAUGAGCUGCAACUGUGCUCAGUAAUUAUUUUGUGGGGCCAAAGCUUUAAAUUCGAAUGCUGUAAAGCAAUUUCCAGCAGUAAGCGAGGAAACUCAGACUUGUAGUGUACGCAUUGUUUAUUAUUUUUUUUUGUUGUUGUUGCUUUUAAUAAGCAGUUGCAUAGCAAUGUUAUGUCUGUGAAUUUGUGACCCCUUUCAAAGAAUAUGUGGGGUGUAUCUCAAAACUGUACUGUACUUUCUGUUGUACACAUAUCACAGUGAAAGGAUGCUUUUUUUUAUAUAUAUAAAGUUGUC